CGCCGGUGGUGUGAUGUGAGUUUGAUAGCAAAUUGAUAGUUGGCAAAUUUAUUGCAUUCUUGCAAUAAAUCGGGACGAUAUCGAUAAGCCGCCGCGGUGUGUCGCAGCGUAUAUAAAACACCCGCCCCUCGCGAGAACAUUGGACUAGUAGUUGAUCAGUUCGAUUACAGCAAUGUCUACGCUGCGAGUAGCUUUGGUGCAACUGUACGGUCGCCCAACCAAGAAGGAGUGUAUUGCGAACGCGCUCGCACAGAUCCGGCUGGCAAAGGAUCGUGGCGCACAGUUGAUUAUCCUGCCGGAGUGUUUUAACUCACCGUACAGUACGGCCGAAUUUGGACGACAUGCGGAGGAGAUUCCACGCGGUGAAACGAGCCUCGCGUUGGCGAAGGUAGCGGCCGAGCUUGGUGUGUAUCUCGUUGGUGGAACAUACCCGGAACGUGAGGGGACGAAGCUGUACAACACCUGUCCGGUGUUUGGACCGAAGGGAGAACUGUUGUGCAAGUACCGGAAGAUGCAUCUCUUCGAUAUGGACAUCCCGGGGCGGUGCACGUUCCAAGAAUCGUCCGUGCUAACGCCCGGCGAUCGGUUGGCAACGUUUUCCAUCGGUGCGCUGAAGAUCGGCAUUGGCAUCUGCUGGGACAAGCGGUUCGCCGAGCUGACGGCUUGCUAUCGUCAGCUUGGCUGCGAUAUGAUGAUCUUCCCGUCGGCGUUCGAUCCGUACACUGGCCCACUGCACUGGGACCUGUUGGGACGGUCGCGUGCCCUAGACAACCAGAUGUUUGUGGCGUUAGUGUCUCCGGCUAGGGACCCGUCGACCGAAUACGUCGCGUACGGUUACUCGCUGCUGUGCGAUCCUUGGGGUCGGGUGUUGUGUCGAGCGAAGGAAGAUCAAGAGCUGCUCGUCGCCGACAUCGAUCUCAAGCUGUGUGCCGAGACGAAGCAGCAGAUACCGGUGCUGCGUCAGAAGCGUAGCGAUAUAUACGAACUGAACGUUAAGAAAUAAGGAUAGCGGCCAUUGAGCAGAGAUUUGGACCACUUAGUCCACUUAAUGCUCAAUAACGAAGCACUAAAUAAAUCGUAACAAUCGUGCUCAAUCCCAUGCUCGAAAUUGCG